GGCGUCUGCGCGAUCGUGACGCCCAUUGGCUGUCGUGUGGCCGGUGAGGCGUGGCUACGGGAGCCGGGCGGGCACAUUUCGAACCGUGGCUGGGGCUGCGGUGGCGGCGGCGGCAGGGAAAAAUGCACCCGGCAGGCUUGGCGGCGGCGGGGACGCCCCGGCAGCGUAAGUGGCCCUCGAAGCGGAGGGUACCUGUGUCCCAGCCAGGCAUGGCUGACCCCCACCAGCUUUUCGAUGACACGAGUUCGGCCCAGAGCCGAGGCUACGGGGCCCAGCGGGCGCCUGGCGGCCUGGGCUACCCUACAGCCUCCGCCUCGCCCCAGGCGGCCUUCCUGGGUGAUCCUGUGUCCAACAUGGCCAUGGCCUACGGGAGCAGCCUCGCCGCACAGGGCAAGGAGCUGGUGGAUAAGAACGUGAGUGGGCCGGGCUGGUGGGGGUGGGGGCAGGUAGGGGCCUCGGGGCCAGGGCUUCAGGUUGGCUCUCUGCCUCUCCAGAUCGACCGCUUCAUCCCCGUCACCAAGCUCAAGUAUUACUUCGCCGUGGACACCAUGUAUGUGGGCAAAAAGCUGGGUCUGCUCUUCUUCCCCUACCUGCACCAGGACUGGGAGGUGCAGUACCAGCAGGACACACCAGUGGCCCCGCGCUUUGACGUCAACGCGCCUGACCUCUACAUUCCAGCCAUGGCAUUCAUCACCUACGUCUUGGUGGCUGGCCUGGCGCUGGGGACCCAGGAUAGGUUCUCCCCAGACCUCCUGGGGCUGCAGGCGAGCUCGGCGUUGGCCUGGCUGACACUGGAGGUGCUGGCCAUCCUGCUCAGCCUCUACCUUGUCACUGUCAACACAGACCUCACCACUAUUGACCUGGUGGCCUUCUUGGGCUACAAAUAUGUUGGGAUGAUUGGCGGGGUCCUCAUGGGCCUGCUCUUUGGAAAGAUUGGCUACUACCUCGUGCUGGGCUGGUGCUGUGUGUCCAUCUUUGUGUUCAUGAUCCGGACGCUGCGGCUGAAGAUCCUGGCCGAGGCGGCGGCCGAGGGCAUCCCGGUGCGUGGGGCGCGGAACCAGCUGCGCAUGUACCUGACCAUGGCCGUGGCGGCGGCGCAGCCCCUGCUCAUGUACUGGCUCACCUUCCACCUGGUGCGGUGAGGGCGGCCCUGCGACGCCUCCAGCUGCUGCUUCCGGUGGCCACCGCGCUGCCGCCGCUCAUCUCCCGGCCACCUGCCGGCCACAGGGUCCGCCCCGCCGCCCGAGUCCCUCCCUCCCCAUCCUCGCCGAGGUGCUGAGAUCUCCAGCUGCACAGGCCGCCCCCCAGCAGUGCGGCCACUGUUCCAGAAACAAUAAACCGUAAUGGGCACGGUG